GAUAAUGGAGAAUAGUGAUGUUUAACGGAAUUAUUUUGAAUUUCAUCUUUGGUUGUCUUUUUCCAAGACUUUCUGCUUUUUCUGCAAAAGUUAACUUACCCCAUACGCCUUAGGGUGUACUAAUUACCAAAGAGUGUACUAAUUACUGUGGGGUUUUGGUGGAAAUUACUCUCUUGCUUGUGCUCUGCUCUCUCUCAUCCCAAUACAUUUACUUUCCUUUCCCUCUUGACUCUGAAAUUCUUUAUAUUCUUCACAGAGAAAUUGAACUGAAUGAAUCAAUGUCUUCCUCGAGCCCUUUUGACCAACAAGCGGGUAAGAUGUAAGUCGCUUCUUCUGCUGAUCUCAUUGUUGUGCGCUGCUGCUAUCUCUCAAUAGUUGAAAUCACAUCUUAGAAAGUAUUAAUGGAUUCGUGGCAGUCUUAUGAUCACCGUGAUCGGCUAAGUGCGUUACCCGACUCCUUAACCCUCAUGAUUCUUUCACUGUUGGAAACGCGGUAUGUUGUUAGGACAACAAUACUCUCCCAACGUUGGAGAGAUCUUUGGACCACCGUGCCCCGCCUGAAAUUUGAAGGUUUUAAUCCUCGACAUUUUAUUUGUAAAGUUCUCGCAAAAUGGAGUGGUGCGAAGAUCGUGGGCUUCUACCUUUCUACAACCUGUUCGAUUCGUCCUAGUGAUCUUGAUUCGUGGCUGCUUUUUGCGGUCGAAAAACAAGUGGAAGAGCUAUACAUAGAUUUUGGACCUCACACCAAUGCCUAUUACUGCCCACCUCAGCGUUUGUAUUCAUGCUCGUCCAUUACAGAAUUACACCUUGGUUUAUGUUGUUUGUUGGAGAUUGAGGGGAAUGUGCAGUGGAGUCGUCUCAAGAGUUUAUAUAUUCAAGUUCCGGAUUCCUCGUGUCAUGAUGCCAUUAACAAAAUUCUCUUGGGCGCCCCUCGCUUGGAAGAGAUGACAUUGUUUAUUGGUAAAAUUAAUGAAAACUUCACUAUCCGAUCUACUAGUUUAAAGACGCUCAGUAUCCUCAACCAAUAUUGGAUGGUUAAUGCUGACAUAAUGGCAAUGCUGAGAAUUGAGGCUCCUAAUCUCUUGACUCUACAAAUUUGGGGAGCAAAUGUUGUUAAUGGUGGUAGUUGUUUGUUUGAUGUCCCUUCUUUGACUGAAGCUUCUUUUAGUCGAUUUUGUGAAGACUAUGAUCCGCCUCUUGAAACGUUCUAUCACCUUCUUCGAAGCAUUUGCCAUAUUAAGAAGUUCGAAUUAUCGGAGUUGACCAUUAAGUUGCUUCUCGCCCUGAAGAAGAAAGAUAUGGUUCUCCAAUUUCCGAAUGCUGAUUUUCUAGAACACAACUACGUGCAAGCACGUGGUCGUCUUGAUCUUCUGGAGAUUCUUGAUCUUCUUGAGAUGUUUCCUAAACUGAAGAUUUUAAAAUUUCCUCAACACGAUCAGAUUUUGCAGGAUUUUAAUCCCAUCGUUGAGACGACAUUCCCCCAUCCCUCACUGCUCCAUCUAAAUACAGUUGAGAUCAGUUGGUCCGGAAAAGACCCUGCAGUAAUUCCAUUUAUAAAAUUUAUCUUGCAAAAUGCUCCCUUGCUCUACAAACUUGUGUUUCGUCUUUCAAAGUAUAGAGCUUGUUUUGAUCGUAAGCGUUUCCUAAUGAUACAAGAGAAGGUGCGAAGUAUGCCGAGAUCCUCCCCAACUGCAGAGGUUAUUAUAAUCGAUAAAUGAUCAAUUAAUCAGCCAGCUUAUUAGAAAGGGAGUCGACAUUUGUCUAUCUAUUCCUAUUUUGGUUAUUUGCAUCAUUUUUUUUUUGUUGUGUUUGUUAUGUCUUAAGCAUUCCUGCUGAUGUUCUGAGCAGAGUUUGCUUUCAAUUUAUAUUUAUUUCAGUCUGUAAUAUGAGCACCGCACGCUUUAG